AUGUGUAUAAGAGACAGGAACGGACUGGCUGAGCACAAUGGACUGGCUGAGCACAACGAGCAUGAUGGCCUGGCUGAGCACAACGGACUGGCUGAGCAUGAUGGACUGGCUGAGCAGAACGGACUGGCUGAGCACAACGGACUGGCUGAGCAGAACGGACUGGCUGAGCACCACGGACUGGCUGAGCACCACGGACUGGCAGAGCAUGAUGGCCUGGCUGAGCAGAACGGACUGGCUGAGCACAAUGGACUGGCUGAGCACAACGGACUGGCUGAGCAUGAUGGCCUGGCUGAGCUCAACGGACUGGCUGAGCAUGAUGGCCUGGCUGAGCACAACGGACUGGCUGAGCACAACGGACUGCAACUCGCCGCUGACUGGGAGAAACACGUCGCUAACUGGGAGCAACACGACGCCGCUGACUGGCAGCAAUACGCUGCUGGCUGGGAGCAACACGCCACUGACUGGGAGCAACACGCCGCUGGCUGGGAGCAACACGCCGCUGACUGGCAGCAAUACGCCGCUGACUGGGAGCAUCACGCCACUGACUGGGAGCAACAUGCCGCUGGCUGGGAGCAACACGCCACUGACUGGGAGCAACACGCCGCUGGCUGGGAGCAACACGCCAUUGACUGGGAGGAACAUGCCGCUGACUGGCAGCAAUACGCCGCUGGCUGGGAGCAACACGCCACUGACUGGCAGCAAUACGCCGCUGGCUGGGAGCAACACGCCACUGACUGGGAGCAACACGCCGCUGGCUGGGAGCAACACGCCACUGACUGGGAGCAACACGCCNAGCGUUAUGCCUCUGACUGGGAAUAA